GGAACAACAAAUGAAAUGGUUGUAUAUACUGUGUAAUAAACGCAGAACUCUCACAGCGUUAGGAUAAACUGCAACAGAAUUCAGUAUUUCACAGAAACUUUGCAAAAUUACGCUUGGUCACACAUAAUGCAAACAAGGAAAUAAAAGCUAAGAAACAUUCAGAAAGCAAAGACGAAAGAAGACUUGGAGUACCAUGAAAACAGUUAUUGUGUUUGUCUUCGGUGUAAAUCUACUUUGUCCAGGAGAAAAUAAAGAAUGGCCUACACACACACUCUGCAAGACAAAGGACUUAGAAUCAUAUUACAAGAGUUGCGGUGAGUUCACUGAAAAUUGCCUUCCAUGUUUGAGAAUGAUCACUGCAUAUACCUGACUAUAGUUUUUAAUAACUUCAUGUCACACUGGGGAUAAGUCAUAGCACAAGCAAUACUUUGCUUUAACCAAGGGCAGACAAUGGCAGAGCAUUAACUGCUAGUUCAGCAUGAGCAAAACAUUUUCCAUACUACAAUGUGCAGAUCAGCAGUUAAAAUGCAUAUUCUGUAUAAAACAAUAUUCCUUUAAUGUUACAAAUGCACACAUGGACAGAUACAUUGAGAUACAUACUCCCACUUCACAAAACUAAUACAUAUAGAAAAUGAAGAAAGCAAAUAUACUUGUACAAAAAUAUGAAACUUAUUCAAAAAGAAAACCAUGUGUAGGAAGUUUAUACAAUAAGAGACAGAUGAAAACAUACAAAUUGUCAAUGGUUGAGUAUGGCGAGACUUGCUGUCUGUAAUUGCAGCUCCUAUCUAACUCAGCGAAUGCACUGGAAGGUAGCCCCCUUUCGUAAACCUAGUUGUGAACAGCGGGCUCCGUGUGUUUUAAUAAUGCAGAGAGUGCACUACUUGUCCUUGUACAUCUGUGAUUAGGGGGGUUUGAUCUGGUACUUUGGCUGCAGUUCCAUUUGCUCCAGCUGUGAGGGAUAAAGAGAUGUUUGCCUUGACGGUAGGAACAGGUUCUUAAUGGGCUCCACUGACCCCUUAUCCUUGAUAUCAUGUCAUUACCAAUUUUAACACAUUAUAUUACAUAUCGUAUUUCAUUUAUGCUAUAUCCAAUAAACAAUUUAUUUCAUGUUUACACUACAAUCCCAACUAGAACACCCAGUUCAGAGCUCACAACAAUCCUUCAACCCUGGUAAAACCCACAACACCUUAAAAGGAUACUGUAGUCACUAUAACCAUUUGUGACGGACCGCCUGGUACCCUGCCUGGGUACCUUCGCCACACUUUAAAGGGAUACUGUAGUUACAAUAACUAUUUAUCUCUGUUCCUUGGUUACAGUGCCUAAGUCUUGUGUUGCUGUCCCUCCAUUCAGCAUUAAACCAUUUUUAAACAGUUUAACUUUGAAUGAAAGUCCCUGGCUUCUAACAACAGAGAGGUUGAGCUGCUGGGGAAUCUCAUAUAGCAUUAAACCAUUAAAAACUGUUUAACGGUGAAUGUAAGGACAACACCAGAGGAUUCCAGACACUAUAACCACUUAAUGACAUGAAGCAGUUACAGUGCUUACAGUGUCCCUUUUAAAUACAUGCAAUCCUGCAAAAUCAUGCAAUCCUGGAAUUUAUAUCAGAUACUUUCAGAAUACAAAUGGGGUUGAACAAGUUUGUGUCGCUACUGUAUAUAAACUUUAUCUACUAUACCGGUUGAGUUUUACACGAUUACCAUGAAAGGUGAUGCAUGUACCAUAAUGAAAUCAGCGCAUGUCUCCCGUUUGAAAUCCCUAAUGACCACACUUGUUAAAUAUUGAACUUAAAGACCAAAAACUUGAUGUUUUGCCCUAAUUAGAGACAAGCCUAUCUAAUAAGGGAUUUUAUGGCAUUGGGCCAAUUUUAACCUUAUAUGCAUGUACUUACUCUUAUCUCCUAUUAGUAUUAGCUACACAAGAUCCUGGAAGGAAUCUAUAAUUGGGUAUAAGUCACACUUCUGUAAGUGCCACUAUUAACACAAGGUCACCGUAUCUGUAAAAUGAGAAUGGAUCGUGAAAAAAUUAAUUAAGUACAUGAAAAAAGCAAUUCUUAAUAGUAUGUUAUUGAUGUACUUACAUGCUCUUUAAUCUGUUCUGUUUACAGAUCCAUUUCAAGAUUUUGGACUCAGCAUCCUCCCUUGUGACAAAUAUCUUGAUAAUGCUUUUGCUAUGAAAAUUGGGAUAAUUUUACGUAUGUAAAUACUGUUAUAUAUAAUCAUUAUGCCACUGUUUUAUAUUUAACAUUUUACCUGGGCCAGUGUUUCUCAAAAUCAGCUCUUAUAUGGCUACAACAAUAAUUGAAGUCUGUUGCCUUCCUUAAUUACUAAACACCUUUAUCACCACCACCAUAAGUAAAGUGGCUCCAACUAAGCCUUUGUCAAAGCACAGUUUAUUUUUGCCGUGAAAUUGGACAUGGAGAUCUCUCCCAUGCCUAGAUAAAAUUUAUCUUGAAUGUUUGUCUCAUAGAGCUACAGUUUAUGUUAUAUUGAUAUUCUAAGUGGAAUAUUCUAAGUCGAAGUGUUUAGUCUCUAAAUUCUGAACCUAUAUUGAGUACUAAUUUUAGAGUUAUCCAAGGCCAAUAUUGUAGGGAAAAUGUUAAUACAAAUGAAGUAUUUUAUUUUUUAGAUUCAGUGACACAACAUUAAAGGGAGACAAUAGGCACCCAGAUUACUUAUUCUAGUAGAAGUGGUCUGGGUGCAGUGUCACUGCCCCUUUAACCCUGCAAUGUAAAACAUUGCAGUUUUAGACACUGCUGGGUAAGACUGUCUCUAGUGACUAUCCCAGACAGUCACUAGAGGCGCUUCCUGCAGUUUAGCUCAGUGAACGUCCUCAUGCUUGGACAAUGUUUGGUUUAAGGAACUAUGGUAACUGCACCAUGCUCCAGGUACCUUUUGUUGUGAGAACAAGAGGUAGAAGCCACUUGUACCAAUAUCAUGAUAUUGAUUAAUGCAGAUGUGUUUUACCAGAAGUGCUGGUGUUUUCAAUGUACUGUGACAUACUGGUUUACUAAAACAUGCUUUAUUUAUUUACAAAUGAUAAUGUCUGGUAUUAAAGGAACACUUCAUAUAGAUAAAUAACUUUUGUUCAUUAUUUGUUUGGAGCCUGUUAAUUGUUUGCAUUUUUUUAAACAGUCCGUGAGGUUUUUUUGGUUUUUUUUCCUUCACUUAGCUCUGUGGAGCCAACAGAAGAGAACCUGCCUUCCCCCCUUCUCAAUGAACUAUAUUUCUCAAUGAGAAGCCUCUGAUUUGCCUAUUCCCUGGGCUGAGCAGAGCCUAUAAUACAUAUCUGACCCUGUUGCAUAACAAGAAGUGAACUGUGCCCCAAGAAGUCAACAAAUAGACAGAGCACAUGCACAGUAAAGCAGUUUAAAUGGAUUCUAUAGUGUAAUAAAUACAAAGUUGUAUAAAUAUGUUGAUUCUGUGGAUCAUUCAGUACAAUCAAAAACUGAACAACACAUGGUACCAUUGAGAACAGGUAGUUUGAAGCACCUUCUUAAAUCAGGUUUGUGAGUAAUCUCAGUGGCGGAACUAUUGCUGGGGCAGGUGGAGCAGCUGCACUGGGGCCCACAUGCCUUGUGGGCCCAUCAGGUUUCUUGUGCACUGUGCCACUCCCUGAAUAUUGUUGUCCUUUAAGAGCCUGACCAGUAAAGUGUUGGCAAUGCCUGGAGGAAUCCAGGCAGGUCCCCCUCCCCACUAGUCAGAUCGGACCGGGCCCUUUGAAUAUGUGCAGAGAGUGCUGGGAUUAAGAGACUAUCUGUCACUUCCUCGCAGCCUACAGACCGUGUGGGCUGGUAGGACUGAGAGGGGUGGUAAUAAUAUGCAAAUUGCAAUUUGUCUGUGUGUAUGUUCAGGCAUAUGUGUGUAUCUGAGGGUGUGACAAAUUGUGUGUAUCUGAGUGUGCACCAGUAUGUGUAUAUGUGCGUAUCUGUGUUUGUGCCAGUGUGUGUAUAUAGAUAUGUGUAUCUGUAUGUGUGUAGGUAUAUGUUUGAAUGUGUGCCAGUGUGUGUAGGCACCUGUGUAGGUAAGUUUGUAUCUGUGUGCAUGCCAAUGUGUGUUUAUGUGCCUGUAUCUGUGUUUGCCAGUGUAUGUAUCUGUGAAGGUAUAUGUUUGUAACUGUGUGUAUGUGUCUGUGUAGGUUUAUGUUUGUAUUUGUAUCUGUAUCGGUGUGUAUCAGUGUGGGUACAUGUGUGUUAAUUUGUCUUUAUGUCACUGUGUAUGGCCACAUUUGUGCACAUUGUAAUGAUUCCAAGUACUCCAGCUGAGUACAUCCGUGAAGAAUCUCCCAUGUCCCUAGCGUAGUAGUGAUUAUUUGUGUGAAUAUAGCUCCCAAUCCCCCAAACAUGAGCCUAGACUUCAUAAAGGGGUAAAAUGAUCUCUUUAAUCCAGGCUCAAUGGCCUGCUUUUAUACAUUUCAGAGUCAUAGCAAACACUCCCAGGACACUCCCACACAAAACAGGGUAACCCCCCCCAGUUCCAUGGGAACAGCCUAGAUCCCAAUGGGUUGGCUUCUGGUUGUCCGGUCAAGUUGGUUAUUUUUCUAGCUCCGGAAAAUGCCGAACCAUGGACACCCAGGGCAAGCCACUAAUGGUGGUUGGGGAGAUUUAACUCCUGAACAGGGUCUUUGUAUAUGGCCCAUAGUCAGUGGGCAGGAGGCUAGCGUCCACACUCCUCUAGGAGCCCGUGGCGAACGUCCAGGCAGAGGGGCGUUCAUCACACAUACAUCCCAGCAUGCAAACAUCAAAAGUAUGUACAAACACACUCCUACUAUCAAAUGCCAACACUACAUGCAAACACAGCCCUACAAUCAAAUGCCAACACUACAUACAAACACACUCCUGUAUUAAAACACCAGCAUUGCGUACAAACACCAAACUACACACAAACAUUCCCCUGCAUUCAAAUGUACUACACAUGUACACCACUGCGUUUAAGUUGCAACAGUACAGAUUAACACACAAAUGCAUUCAAAUGCCAACACAAUACACAAACCAACGUCUUUUUUUCACACACACAUAUUCCAUUAAUAAAUAUGCUUACAUCCCUGCGGAAUAUGUUGGUGUGGGGAGCCAAAAUAAUUUCUUGCACCUGGACCAUACCUGCAUUAGUACCACCCCUGGGUAAUCUGGAGAAAGUGUGGAGAUCAUUCAAGCAAAGGUUUGGCCUCUAUAUGAAAGCAACAAACACAAGCACUUUGCCAAGUGAUCAGAAAGAAGCAUUACUUUUAUGUUUUGCUGGUGCAGAUACUUUGGAUAUUGUAGAAUAUUGCAUAUUCUAUGUUUCUAUCGAUUAUAUAUGGAUGUCUGGAUUGGCAUAAGUAACAGAUGUGGUUUUCUUGUAUGAGAAGUCUGGAAUGUGGAUUAAGGGUCUUGUCCUUAAAUGGCUAGAGUUAAACUCUGAUGUCAGUAGGGGCACUUCUAUAUAGUAACUGAACAAAGGGACACGAGGUCUUCUUGUCUCUCUUGGCUCUCUUUCCUGUACAACGAUGUAACUCUCCCAUCAGAAGUCCAGCAAUUACCAUCUGCUGUUGAACGUCCAUUAUCCUGUAACAUUGUUUGUUGUUUUAUUAUGUAUCAGUAACUAAGAAUAAACCUGAAGAAACCGUAAGUCAGAUUGCGUAUUAGUAAUUUUCAUUAAUAUAGACAUAUAUUAAUGUGGCGAGCAUUUGGCGUAAAAGACGUAUAUAUCAAUCACAGAAGAAAAUAAGGUAAUUAAGAAGAUUUAACACUGACGAUCCAGCAAGAUUUUACAGAUAUAUACAACAGUUUUUAACUGACAUAAACUGAGUUUGAAAACUAUGAGAUGUUAUGAAAAGAUUUGCUGCAUAUUGUACACCAAAGAAAAAUUAGACAUAUGAAUGUUUUAUGUUCAACUGCACGGUGCAGUUACCACAUGAGACAGUGAUGGAGUUUGUCACUGACCUCAGAUUAAAAAGCAGGUCUGGUCUUGUAACUAUCUGCAAGAAUCAUUAAUCAAAGAUAGGCUUGUAUGCCGCUGGGUGCAAAGAUAGGCUUGCAGAGCAGACCAGAAUACAAUUGGGUGUCUUGUAUAAGCAAGAUAGUCAGGAAGUGGUUAAUGAUGUAAGAAAAUACAUACCUGCAUGUUCAAAAGGACAGUCUUUUCUACACCUGUCAGAGAGGAGACAGAUGAUUAAAGUGGAUAUACAAAAUGCAAAGAACAGAGCAAUCUAAAAAAAAAAAAAAUCAAGAGUUUCGCAAAUGUCCAGUAUAUGGACAGAAAUGUGGGAACUGCACAAAUUAUAAUGACUUUGUCUCACAGUGUAAGAAAAUUACACAGUGUCAGCUUUGUGCUGUUAAAACAUAUACCUCUGGCUCUAGAGAUGAUGAUCUUUUUGUGGACAUAGUCAACCAAGUAUCUAUGCCUGCUAAAGAAUGGAUUGUAGAGGUGGAAGCACAUGGAGUACUGAUACCAUUUAAAGACGAUACAGGAAUAAAUCCCAAUGUUAUAUCAAAGGCUCUCUGGAAAAAACUACAACCUAGAAUUAAACUUCAAGAACAAACUAAAGUAUAAUGAUCUUGACAUCCCAAUUGUGGGUCAAUGCAUACUGACCCUAAAGCAUAACUCCUCAGUCACAAAACACCUGUUUGUUGUAGUUUCUGGAGAAAAGGUUCCUUUAAUUGGAUUGCAAGCUAUACAACACCUAGGUCUGGUCACCAAGCUCUUUGAGAUUACAGAAAUGAAACACAAAAAUAUUGCUACCUUACUUGAAAAGUAUAAGGAUGUUUUCAGUGGACUUGGGAAACUUCCCAUUGAAUAUGAAAUUGCCUUAAAGCCUGGAGAAAUGUCUGUGAUUCAUGCUCCUCGCGAAGUGCCAGUAGCACUACGACAGAGGCUGCUCUGUAAUUAGGUAAUUAAGUGGCUGCCUAUGGGCUUGCAUGGUCUGGGGCCUUGUGGACGCUUAAUCCCCAUAGGGCAAACUGAUAUGUCUGGUCUUUUGUCAAUGAGGAGGGCCCGACACAGGAGGGCAUUCGGCAGCUUACCCUGUAUGCCGCUGGGUGCAAGGCCCCUCCGUCUCAGUCUGCCGUGACUGAGGUGUCUUGCGACCUUGAGCAAAACACUCUGACUGGAGAUCACAAGACAUGUACCAUGUGGUCUGCAGCGCUUUUCCACCAUUCACAAUGAUUGCAAAAUUCCUCCACCAGGUUCGCCUACAAUCUUACCUCAGUUCCUGGAACUUCUGGAAUUGUCAUACGAGGAUCCCCUCCUAUUGCCAUCCGACCCGAAAAUAUUCAGGAACCCAAUGGAACAAUGGCACCCACUUGGAUGGACGUCUCCCACUGGUGGCCUGGAUGCUUUCCGUGGUUCCUGAAGUGUCAGAGACCUAUCGCAGGAUGCUAAGGACCUUUUAUGGGACUCCUGGGUACCGGGAACAAGGAUGCUACCUCUCUGCCUGGCAAUCUUGGUCCGACUGGUCAUAUAGCCCGAUUAACGUGGUGCGAUGAACCAUUUCGGAGGCUAUCAUUCGCCUCCCAUAGGUCAGGACCCUCUUGUUUGUCAUCUUCUUCGCAGCAUGCAUCUGCGUCAUCAUCCAGGACUUAAAUAUGCACGGUUGUGGGACGUCGGUAUCGUCCUCCAAUUUUUACGCAACUGGCCACCUAAUGACAGGCUAUACUUACUUACAGCCAAGUUUACUUUUCUUCUCUGCUUGGUCUACUUUUGUCGAGUCUCGGACAUUCAGGCAUUUGACGCAAAUGCGUUUGUGUUUUGCCCAGAUGGAGUUACCUUUCAAGUUUCACGUUGUUCCCUCAGACCCUAAACUCUGCGUGCUAUUGGCUCUUCGCUGUUAUGUGAAGGCUAUCGCCACAUUUCAGUCUUCUUCCUCCCAUCAACUUCCCAUUUCCUAUGUUCGACCUUAUGGCCCAGUUUUGGUCAUGACCCUGACCAGAUGGACUUGUUGGCUACUGCCGGUAGUGGAGAUAGAGCACAUUCAAUGCGUGGAGCGGCGGCUUCCUCUGCCUUGGUGGUGGGUGCCUCGCUUCCAGAGAUCCUACAUGUGGCAGAUUGGACACGUGAAUCUACUUUUCGAACGGUCUGUUUCUGAUCUACUUCAAAUCCUGCCUUUUCUCUCCUAUCCUAGCUUUGAAAUUGCAAAAUAUGAGGCCUACUGUAAUGUGGUAAAAUUGAAGAUUAUGUUAGCUUUAGUGUAUUAAUCAUCUUAAUUUUAAAAAAGUAAUGAGAAAACUAAGAACCAAUCAAAUACAAUCAAUGGAUAUAAGAUUUAAGAUAUAAGGCUUGUAUAACUGAAGCACUUCAUCUUCAACUGUGACAUCACAAGUCCAUAAGUCCAUUUUAACUGAUGAAAUACGAUGUGUUCAAAUCCAAACAAUGAACAUAAGGGACAACAUCCCACGAACCGAACUGUUCAAAUUAGCUGUCGUGUCCAGUUACGCUGAAAGAGUAUAAAAAGUUUUUGUCCAUGGAAUGGGUUGCAUGAAUUCAGAAUACAACCCAAUAUAAAUCCACCCCCAAUUAACAUAACUAACUGGACAUAAGGUCCCAUACUAAACCAAAACCCCAAACGGAUAGGAAAAUGUUGGCAUAAUAUGUACAUAGCAUAAAUAAACAAAUACAGGGAGGGAGACAGAGAAGGAAAACAAGAAGGUACAGAGAGGGGAAAUAUUCACCUCUUGUCAUUAUUAAAAUUAAGAUUAUAAGUACACUAAAGCUAACAUAAUCUUAAAUUUUAUGACAAGACACGGAGGCUCAUAUUGCAUAUCCCUUUCUUUACUGUCCACCAAUAGCAACAAAGGAUAUAAACAGAAUGAAAAAACAAUGAACAUACAGUGACAUAGGCCCCUCCCUGCACAGGUCCCAGUAUAACAGGCAGCACUUCCCUUCAAUUUCCCUCUUUCUUUGCUGCUCCAAAGAUAAGUAACAGCUCACAUGUUUCUCUCAUAGAUUACUUAUUUAUUCUGUCAGUUAUGGUUGUUAAUUCUGCUAUUUAUUGUAAUUUAUUGUUCUAUUGCUUCUUCUUUAUUGACAAAUUCAAUACUAUUCUUUUAUUUGAUUCUAUUCAGGAAUCUUUUCUCCUCAUCUAUUUAUGUUUAUUAUAUGUCUGUAUAUACAUAUUGUUGUCUCCCAGGGUUCCAGACCUUCUGUGUGAAAUGUCUAUCUGUGCACUCUCAGUUUGGCUUUUAUAUGAUUUGCUCUUAUCUCUUUUCUCGCUAUCUCUCCUCUCCCUAUCCUCUGGCGCCAUUUUGCGCUGAUUUUCUCCGUUCUGUUCAGAUGUUUUGUGUACGAAUCAUACCAUCCAGCUAAAUUCACGAACACAGACCAUUCGUUAGUUUCACCGGCAUGUAGCAACAUUCGCCUAUUUGCCGCGUUCGACUAAUUGGUUCGUGCGGUUUACUCAUUCGUCUGUUUUAUAUUCGUCUGUUUUAUUCGCACGAAUUCGCCUAUUUUACCGCACGUUCGGUUCUUUUCUAUUGACGAAUUCACUGUUUUUUGCUGCGAAUCUCGCAAGACUCGCGGCGGCCAUUUUCCGAAUUCCUGUCUCUCAUACUACCUCGUGUGUGUCUGUGUGCCUCUGGUCUGGACCCUGGUGAGAUCCCUAUCAUUCUCUUUCCCUAAAGUUUGGGUGACUAACCCUUACUACCCUGUAAACUCACUAGUAGGAAUAUUGAGCUGCAUCCAAUAUGCCCAAACCCAGGAUGCCUUCCAGCUCACCACCCUCUGGGGUGAUAGAUGCCCCUUUGCCUCUGGAAGAGACCCCUGUCAUCUAUGACACGCCAUCUACUCUGGCAGAUAGACCCACCCAACCUGAAGGGGACCAAUUGUUGGCGCUACAGUGCUCGAUGACAGAUGCCAUUAUAGCAGCCAUGGGGUCCAUGUCUUCUACCCUCUCCCAUACCAUCUCCCAGGCCCUCCUGCCAUGUCCUUUGGACGCGCAAAUGUCAGGUUUCACAACGCCUCUUCUGCGUCCCACUGUGGACCUGUCUGAGGGCGCACCCAAGAAGGCAACCCAUAAGUCCAAACACCCCUCUGCCUCCAGAACUGUUACAACUGGCGUACUUACGGUCACCUCAGAAAGUGUGUACCACCCAAAGAGCCUUUUCCAGGAAGAACGGGCGCGGCUCUGGAAAUGUGCUAGAGCACAACCUGAGAGUGACUCCGACUCAGAAAUCGGGUCAGGUGAAGAGGCUAUGAUUGAGUCAGAUGACGACUCUGAUAUUGAGACCACUGAGCCUUGACCUCCUUCACAUUGCUCAGGCAACUGCGGGGUCCACCCUCUUGGAUCCGAUGGGUGAACCUCUCUUCGACCCGGUUGAGCUUCACCAUCCGAGGUCGGCGGAGUGGCUCCCAGCGGACCAUGUAGCCAAGUACCUUGGAAAUAGGGUACGACCCCCGCUUAGUAAAGCGGCACGGAACAAACUGAGAGCAGAGUGCCCAAGGCCUACGGAGUCAAAUAAAGUCUGUGAUACCCCUGAAGUUGAUCCGAAAAUGACCCAGUUCCUAACUAAAUUGGGCUGGAACCCACGUAAGGGCCUAGACUCUUCACUGAAAGAAUGCCAGGAUAAACAUUUAGACAUAUUUGGCCCACUUGCAAAACUUUUCAAACUGGCGGAGGAUGUCAGAGCUGGAAACCGUAUGGUUGACCCCGAAGACCUCCGUUGGGUCCAAAGGGCUAUUUGUAUUGCCGGGAGCAUAAACACCUCCCUCUCUAUUGAACGGCGUAAAGCCAUUUUGUUUAAAAUAGAGCCUAAACUGGCAAACCUUUCCCUAACAGAGGCUGGGAAGGACGCCAAGGAUUACUAUUUGGUGACUCCUUCAUAAAAGACCUGGAGCGCUUUGUGGGGGCAUUUACGGCCCUUGACAAGGCCCAAGCCUCCAUGAGACGGGUUUUUCAGGGACGGGUCUCCACCAGGGCCGACAGAUCCAGGAGCCAUCUGUCCAGCCGGUCCUACUUUCAGUCCCGUGGCUCGGGACGAGGCUCUUUUCAGCACCGCCCCAACUUCCUGGAGACAAGUACCCGUUCCCCAUUCUUCCCAUCAUGAGGACGCCCAUGGCGAUCCAGAGGCUUCCGUGGUAACACUAGCUCCAGAAUUCCCCAGGGUGAGUUUACUCAUACCUCAUGUUUCUUUGCAUGUUUAUGUAGGGGGCAGACAUUUUUUCCCAGCCUGGGCACAAAUAACCUCCGACCCCUGGGUACUAAACACCACAUAGACCUUGUAGGGAACCCUGUUACUAUCCCUCCUCCUUGACCGAUCUGCUUCUCCCUCGGGGAUCGCAGGUCGAUCGACAACGAGCUAUCCUCGCUCCUCACCAAGAGAGCGAUAGAACGGGCACCCCCAGGCUCCACGGGAGUCUAGUGGGAAAGAAGGGCGGCCAAAUGCGCCCAGUCAUAAACCUGCGCCCACUCAAUGCUAUGGUCAGGUACCGCCAUUUAAAGAUGGAGGGUAUCCAUCUGCUGAGAGAUCUACUCCUUCAGGGGGACUGGUUGGUAAAGCUGGAUCUCAAGGAUGCAUAUCUCACCGUGCCUAUAGCUGAAGCAUCCCGAGAUCUCCUGCAUUUCCAUUGGCCGACAGGGACUUGGAGGUUCACAUGCCUGCCCUUUGGCCUGUCAUCAGCACCAUGGUGCCUCACAAAACUGCUGCGCCCAGCUAUGGCCUGGCUACGCAGUCGAGGCAUUCAUCUAAUCAUAUACCUAGACGACAUCUUGCUCAUGGCCCAGGAUCGCUCCAUACUUCUGGCACACCUGCGGCUGGCAAUUAACCUACUCUCUCGCCUCGGUUUCAUUAUCAACCAGGAAAAGUCGUGCCUGACUCCCGCCACUCAUAUGGAAUUCUUGGGAUUCCUAGUGGAUACGGAGGUGGACUGGGGCUCACAAUAUCUAUCAGAUGCCAACGACUGGAAAUUGGACACGAACGUGUUCUCCAGUAUAUCGUCUCUUUGUGGACCUUUUGCUAUAGACCUAUUCGCCUCCCGGCUCAACACCCAGCUCCCACGAUUCUUCAGCUGGAGGCCGGAUCCGGCGGCGGAGGCAGUGGAUGCCUUCCUGCAGGUUUGGAGCGGAGAGGGGGGCCUCGGAAUCUUCAAUGAUGGCUUCAGGCGCGCGCCUGGAGGACCUCAUGAAUAUGGCCGACUGGUCAAGGGAAUCGUUUUUUCGGGAAUUCUACUUCAAACCGGUUACUCAUAUGUUCGCGGCAGUAGUCGAUCAGCUUUAAUCUUGCAAUAUGAGCCUCCGUGUCUUGUCAUAAAAUUGCAUGAUUUUGCUAUUACAUGACGAAAAGUCAUUUUAUACUGCUCAGGUUAUGACUUGUUUGUUUUUUCCCCCCCCAGUUUAUUUCAAUAUAUAGGUGACACGUAUCACUUUGAUUGGUACGGUAAGUGGGAUCUGUGUUUGAAGGGAUUUGACUAUGUAACUAUGUCAGUUUGGGUCUAUCUGGUUAUUUCUCUGCAGAUGUUGGUUGGGCCUUGCUCUGUCUAGCCUUGAUGUCAGUCUCAAGUACCUGUUCUUUAUGUUUUAACAGCCUAAUCCGCUCCGGUGGAAUGUCUGGUUUUGACAUGUGAAGACCGCUCCCUGCGAAUACAGUUUGGUCGGCAGUCAUCAAGUUGUGCUUCCAUGUUAAUUGAGGUUAUGAUCCUCCUCUGGGGUUGAAGUUUCUACGUUUUUGUUUAUCUCUGGACUAUAUUGCUGUUCCUGUUUUGGACUCUGUGUAUAGUGUCGCAUCUUCAGAAAGAGGGAAAUGGAAGGGAAGUGCUGCCUAUUAUACUGGAACCUGUGCAGAGAGGGGCCUAUGUCACUGUAUGUUCAUUGUUUUUUCAUUCUGUUUAUAUCCUUUGCUGCUAUUGGUGGACAGUAAAGAAAGGGAUAUGCAAUAUGAGCCUCCAUGUCUUUAAUAAAAUCAUGACUUUUCGUCAUGUAAUGGCAAAAUCAUGCAAUUUACAGAGCAGAAGAUAAAAACUUUUAAAGUACAUUACAUCUGAUUGAAAGUGAAACCAUUUUUUUUCAUGCAGGCUUUGUGAGUUAUAGUAAGGGAAGGUGUGACCAAGGCUGCAUAAACAGAAACAAAAGUGAUUUAACUCCUAAAUGGCAGUGAAUUGGGUAGUUAGAUUUCAGUUUCAUGAUCUAUACACCAAAACUGCUUCAUUAAGCCAAAGUUGUCUGGUGACUUUAAUGUCCCUAUAACUUCAGAUUUCCACUAAAAUCACUUUUACUGCAACUUUGUUAUAUUCGGUUUUGCGUUAUAUGAUGAUUUUUUUUCAUGUCACAUAAAGUAGACAUCUUGUAUUUGCAGCAAUUGUUCUAUUAUUAAUAUGUUUUGUUUAUAAAAAGAAAGAUGUGCUGAGCUGAGAUAGUAAUAUAUAUAUAUCUUACCCUGAUACGUGUACUGUGGCCCAGGCAGUCCUAGAGGCACCAGAUAGACAGAGCACAGGCACAGUAAAGCAACUUACCUUUUUUAUUAAUAAAUAUGUUAAUUUAAAUAAGAAUCUGUGGCUCAUUCAGUACAACCAAGAGGUGAACAACACAUUCCCAAAAAUAGUCUGAAAGUCUAUGCCUUUGAAAGAGUGCAGGGUUUGUAGGAUUUUCCAUGCUAUACUGCAGGGAAGUCUAUACCAAUAAAGGAAUGUUUAUCUACUAAACAACUACUUGUAGAUGUGUUACCCUGUUUAACCAUUAUUACAGGCUAACAACUCAAGUAUAUCAGUCAGAUUUUUUGCUUUGGAACCUAUCUUAUUAUAGAUAUUGGUGGAACAGGCUUAGCUGUUUUUAAAGGGACACUAUAGUCGCCAGAACAACUACAGCUAAUUGAAUUUGUUCUGGUGUGUAGAAUCAUUACCUUCAGGCUUUUUGCUGUAAACACUGUCUUUUCAGAGAAAAUGCAGUGUUUACAUUACAGCCUAGUGAUAACUUCACUGGCCACUCCUCAGAUGGCUGUUAGAGAUCCUUCCUGGGUCAUGGCUGCCUAAAAUGCAUCCAAACAUUCAGUAUCUACCCCCUCUGCAUACAGACACUGAACUUUCCUCAUAGAGAUUCAUUGAUUCAUUUCAUCUCUAUGAGGAGAUGCUGAUUGGCCAGGGAUGUGUUUGAAUUGUGCUGGCUCUGCCCCUGAUCUGCCUCUUUGUCAGUCUCAGCCAAUCCUAUGGGAAAGCAUUAUGAUUGGAUCAGGCUACCACUUCUGAUGAUGUCAGCAGACUGAUAGUUUUUUUUUUUUUUAGGCAAACAGCAUGCAGAUCUACAGAUUAUGACUUGAAUAAAAUAAGAUUUUGCUAUAUUUAUGGAGGCAUGAGGGGCCCAGGGGGGCUAGAUGAUGGUUUUAACACUAUAGGGUCAGGAAUACAUGUUUGUGUUCCUGACCCUAUAGUGAUUCUUUAACGAUUGAUGUUUUGUAUAUUUUUUUGUUAGUUUUGGUACUUUUUCGUUAUUAAUAUUGUGCACAUAGUACUAGGUGUUCAAUGUUUGUACACAGUCCUAUUUUGGACUUUUUAUUUGUAUUACUUUUUAAAAGUUAAGUCAUAUUACAGAUAUUGUUUCAUUCAUACAGUAUCCCAUCUUAUAUAUUAGUUGCUGCAUCCUCCUCUUUCGCUUUUUAUUUAUUGUCUACAACAGGGGUUACCCCCCACUCUGGAGGUAUGCACAGGCUUUAAUUUAUUUAUUUAUGCUCUUUCCUUUUUCUUCUCUUUUCUGUAUAAAUCUCAUAUGAUUUUCCAUGUACCCACAAAGAAAAUACGGAGAAAAUGCAUCUUUUCUUUGGGCUGUAAUCUAAUAAAAAUGUAAAAAUUUCAAAGAUUCUACGGAGUCUUCCUUAAACCACAAGUAGAAUCACUAUACUUGAAUCAUCUGGAAACUAACUCUUAUGCAUGGCUCUAAAAACACAUUUUAGAUUUCCUACAUAAUAUAUGCAUCUAUUUCAAUCAUAUAAUUAAUUUAAGGGCAUAAUGAAUAACACUAAUGUAUAACACUAAUAAUGGAUAACACUAAUAUAUAAAUAUGUGCAUGUUUAUUUAUUUAUUUAUUCAUGUAUGGUUUUAGGUCGGGAUGCAAAUAAAAUGAGAACAGUUCUGAAACUCUCCUACGAUGGAAAGUACCUAAUAGCUGUUAAAAAACUUAUUUGUGAUGAUGCAGAUAAAAGAUAUUCAUUUUGCGGGAGAAAAAAGGGAGGUAAGUACAGUAUGUACUAUAAGAACAUUGACUGUAAGGAAGAAUUUGGUAACAAUUGGGCUGCAACUCUCAUUGAGUGAGAUUAAACAGUUAUUACACAGAAAGUAAGCAGAGUACUGCGGGCCUAAGUAACAUAUUUUUUAAAGGAUAGCUCUGGAUUUUUACAUUGUGGUACAUUUUAUAAAUGUUUCACAUUUAGAUUUCUCUAAUUAUUAUCAAUGAUUUUGCACUGCACAAACUAGUCCGAAAAAAUCAUUCUGUGCAUCCUACAGCCAUGUCUUUUUUUACUUUAUGAACGUUUAUGAACGUUUAUUAAAAACUGCAUUUCUCCUUACCUUCUCAAUGUUAUACUCAGUGGAUUAGGAGCCUGUUUAUGAAAAAUAAAGCCAUUAAUUAACUAUAGUGCAUAGAAAUAUGCAGUUUAGGGCAAAAUCUCUAAAUAUGUCAAAUAUCUCACAGUCUGUGUGGUAACAUAAAAUAAUACGUUUGUAAUAAGCUGCAUUUGUAUGCAGAAUAUAUUUUUAUUAAGUGAAUAUGGUUAUAUAAAAUAUAGAUAUGUAGAAAGUAUAUAAACAAUUGGCUAGGGUAUUGAUUACACCCCACAUAUCACAUACUGGUUAGAAGGAGAGAAAGCUAGUUGUAGUGCCAUGCACUAAUUUUAGGUUAGGAAGACAGUUUUGGUUAUAGAUCAUUCCUCUGAAGUUUCACUGCUCAAUUUGGAAUCCAAGUCACUUUUAUUUCUGUUUAUGCAGCCCUAGUCACACCUUCCCUGGCUGUAACUGACACAGCUUGCAUGAAAACAAAAUGGUUUUCUUUUCAAUCAGAUAUAACAUACUUUAAACGUUUUUAUCUCUUGCUCUGUACAUUAAAUUUGAAUCACUUAAAGGAGACUCCUGCAGGGUUUAGCGAGCUAUUAACAGAGUAGGAGAUAAGAAAUUCUAAAAUAAACAGAAUUUACAAAAAGGAAGUGUAAACAUUAGAUUACUAUUCACAGGAAGUGUUUAGGAAGGCUCUGCAAGUCACAUGAGUGUAUGUGUGACUAAGGAUGCAUAAACAAAGUGAUUUAACUCCUAAAUGGCAGACAAUUGAACAGUGAGACUGCAGGGGCAUGACCUAUACACCAAAACUGCUUCUUUGAGCUAAAGUUGUUUUGGUGACUGUAGUGUACCUUUAAUCUUAGUAUGCUAGAGGCCAGCUCUGCCAUAAACAAAAUAGUAAAUACUAAUAGCAUUUUAUCUACUGUUUGUACAAAAUGAUUAGGGGAAAUUCAUAUAUUUCACUAUGUUUUGAGGACACAUAGAUCACACAGAGCAAGGGUUCCCAACCUAGUCCUUAAGGAUCUGGCAGUGAUUCCUAACUCAGUCCUCAAGUAACCCCUACCAGUCCAGGAUUUAGGGAUUACCCUGUUGUGUCUGUUUUUUUUUUUCUAUUUCUAAAAACACUUUAAACACAACUGGGUAAUCCCUAAAUCCUGGACUGUUAGGGGUUACUUGAGGACUGAGUUGGGAACCACUGACAGAGUAAUAAAGGAAAAUGUUUUCUGUCAUUUACCUUACUACAUUUUACUCUAGAAACAUCUCCUAUAACAUUAUGUGUUGGGAUAUGGAGGAAUGCCUGUAAUGAAGCUCUAUUCUAUUAAUUUCUGUUUUCUUCUAUUCUCAUUUAUCGUUCACUUUUUAUUAAAUAUACUCUAUAAAAUACAAUUGGAAUUGCUACACUGGUUUCCUUCUGCUUACUGUCGAUCAGUAUUUUUUAAAAUAUAUUUUUAAAUAACAUUUUAUAUAAAUGUUAGAUUUUUUAUAGUGGUAAUUAAAAUAUUUAUGCAAAAGUGGAGUGAAAAGGUAAUUAGAUGUGGUUUAUCUAAAGAGACAAUUCAACUAAAACUUGAAAGGUUUGCUGAAAUGCAGUGCUUUAUUCUCAAUAAUGCAAAUUAUCUUUUGGUUUAAUAUGAACUCAUAUUUCAUGUAAAACACAAUAUAAUUAAAUAUACUACAAAGCAAAACAACUGUUUAUCUAUUAAACGCCUAUUCACACAAUUUAUUAUUUCAACAAGACUUCCUUAAUGAGUAUAACAUAUGACAUUAGCUAUGCUAAAUUUCAUUAACUACUUUUAGAAUUGUAUGGCAUUAGAUAAAUCAGUAAGCUCCUUUUGUACUUUAACCCCUUAAGUACCAAACCUCUGGAAUAAAAGGGAAUCAUGACAUGUCACACAUGUCAUGUGUCCUUAAGGGGUUAAAUGAACACUAAAGGACCAGGAACACAAACAUAUAUUCCUGACCCUAUAGUGUUAAAACCACCAUCUAGACCCCCUGAUCCCCCUUGCCUCCCUAAACAAAGUAACAUCUUACUUGUAUUCAAGUCUGUAGCGGCUGCCUCCGGCCCUGAGCUGCCUCUGUCUGCUGACAUCACCAGAAGUGAUGGUCUGAGCCAAUCACAAUGCUUCCCCAUAGGAUUGGCUGAGACUGUCAAAGAGGCAGGUCAGGGGCACAGCCAGCACAAGUCAAACACAGACCUGGUUAAUCAGCAUCUCCUCAUAGAGAUGAAUUGAAUCAAUGCAUCUCUAAGAGGAAAGUUCAGUGUCUGCAUGUAGAGGGUGGAGACACUGAAUGGCAGUGAUAGUUACUCUGCAGCACUGCCCCAUGAAGCAGAUUUAGCAGCCAUCUAAGGUAUGGCCAGUGGAGUUAUCACUAGGCUGUAAUGUAAACACUGCAUUUUUUCUGAAAAGACAAUAUUUACAACAAAAAGCCAACACCACAUACCACACAUAAUGCCCCUGAAGGGAAUGAUUCUACUCACCAGAAUACAAUAAGCUGUAGUUGUUCUGGUGACUAUAGUGUCCAUUUAAGUACUUUAUCGUGUAAUUUAAAGUCACAUUGGAAGAGGUCAUGUUGAUACAUAGCAUAUGUACUCAGUUUAAUUGGUUUAAUUUUCUGCUUCAGACUUUGAUUUUACACAUGAAUUACACAGAAGUGCAUAGUGGAGUUUUCCAGAGUUUAUCUGGUAUUUUAGACUGAGAAAACAGUAUAACACAUUUGUAAGUUGCUGUAAUUUUGAUUUGUUUUAUUGAUUACUCAAAGGUAUUAUAUAAGACUGCCGUAGACAAAGUAGAAAUAUAUGUUUUUCAGGAUUACUAUGCAAGUGAUUAAGAAUGCCUUUAAAGGAAUACAGAGAACACAAAUCAAAACCACACUGAACAUUAGCUUACAACAUGUUUCCCCGUUGUGUAUGUGUGGGCCCCGCUGGCCUCAAGCAUUUCUCCCACCCACCGGUGCAGCUGCACAGUAAGGAGGCCCACCGGGUGACCCAAGCAUUAAGGGCCACCCGGUGGGCUUCUGUCAGCAGGGCCCUCUUGCUUUUUGGCAGCCGUCUGGGAGGAAGUGAUGGCCGCAAGUCACAGAGAGGAGCCGCGCGAGCGGAGGAAGAGGCAGAGUGGCUGAGCAGAGGGGGUCUGGACCGAGCUAGCCAGACCCCAACUCCCAACAGCUUCAGCCACCAGUGGGAAAGUCACCCUCCAAGGUAGGAAACUGGAGGGUGGGUUUAAUAGUGUAAAUUUUGUGUGUGUGUCAGUAUGUCUGCCAGUGUGUGUAUAUCUGUGAAUAUCCUUUGGGCGCCCUGUGCGAAAAAUCUUUACAGCACCCACCCCUUCCCGCCGCCCCUACCCCCACUCCUUCCCCCCAUCCCACACACCCUAUCACACACACACACAGACAGACAGCCACACACACACAUGCAGGCAGUCACACACAGACAGCCACACACACACAGACAUAGAAACAUAGAAUGUGAUAGUAGAUAAGAACCAUUCGGCCCAUCUAGUCUGCCAAGACAGUCACACAUAGGCAGUCACACACAUAGGCAGACAGCCACACACACACACACACACAGGCAGGCAGUCACACACAGACAGCCACACACAAACACACAGGCAGAUAGCCACACACACAGAAGCAGACAGCCACACACACACACGGCAGACAUAGAAACUGAGAAUGUGAUGGCAGAUAAGUACCAUUCGGACCAUCUAGUCUGUCCAGACAGUCACACAUAGGCAGUCACACACACACACACACACACACAGGCAGGCAGUCACAGACAGCCGCACACAAACAUAAAGGCAGACAGCCACACACAGGCAGACAGCCACACACCUAGAGGCAGACAGCCACACACACACACACACAGCAGACCUAGAAACAUAGAAUGUGACGGCAGAUAAGAACCAUUCGACCCAUCUAGUGUGCCCAGACAAUCACACAUAGGCAGGCACACACACACACACAGGCAGACAGUCAAACACACAGACAGUCACACACACAGACAGUCACACACAGUCACACACACACACAAAAGGGCAGACAGCCACACAAAAGGGCAGACAGCCACACACACACACACACAGCCACACACACAGGCAGACAGUCACACACACACAGUCACACACACACACAGGCAGACGGUCACACACACACACAGAUAGUCACACACACACAGGCAGAAGUCACGCACACAGACAGUACACACACACAACAUCAAACACACAGAUAGUCAUACCACAUAGGCAGACAGGUACAGCCACACACACACACACAGGCAGACAGUCAAACACACAGUCACACACACACAGCACGUACACAGUCAAGCACACACAGACAGACACACACACACACACAUACAUACACACACACAGGCAGACAGCUCGCAAAUACACGCACAGGCAGACAGACACACACAUAACAUACAGACAGGCAGACAGCCACACACAUACAGAGUCUUACGCACACACAGGCAGACAGUCACACACACACACAUACACAGUCACAUACACACAGGCAAACAGUCACACACAGGCACGGCAGUCACACACAGGCAGACAGUCACACACAGGCAGACAGUCUCACACACACACACAUACACACACACAGAUAGUCAACACACACACAGUCACACACACAGGCAGACAGUCAAACACACAGACAGUCACACACACAGACAGACAGUCAAACAUACAGUCACACACAGGCAGAGAGUCACACACAGGCAUUCACACACACAGGCAGACAGUCAAACACACAGACAGUCACACACACACACAGUCAGACAGUCAAAUACACAGACAGUCACACACAGUCACACACACGCACACACACAGGCAGACAGUCACACACACACACAGUCACACAUAUUUACCUCCGUUCCUUGUGGAGGCAGACAGACAGUGCAGCUCCUGGAUUUUGUUUGUUGAGGGAAGCAGGGACUCCUUUCUGCUUCCCCUGCAGCAGUUACACAGCACAUUUCGCUCCACCGCACGGUAAGCCCCGCCCCCACUGCAGGUAACCCCCACCACGUUUUUGUUUUUUUUUAUCCCGGCCGGCCAUGUGUGAGCUAUGUCAGCCGCAUGGCGCCCCCUGCUUCAUGGUGCCCUGUGCGGCCACACACCUCGCACACCCCUAAGGCCGGCCCUGUGUGUAUGUCAUUAUGUCUGUCAGUGUAUGUGUCAGUAUGUCUGCCAGUGUGUGUCAAUAUGUGUGUGUGUAUCUUUGAAUGUCUCUGUAUAUGUCUAUAUGUCAGUAUGUCUGUCAGUGUAUGUGUCAGUAUGUUUGCCUGUGUGUGUCAGUAUGCCUGUGAAUGUAUGUCAGUAUGUCUUAGUAUAUGUGUGUGUCAAUAUGCAUGUCAGUGUAUUUGUCGGCGUGUCAGUAUGCCUGUGUGCGCAUCUGUGAAUGUGUGUCAAGAUGUCUGUCAGCAUAUGUGUGUGUGUGUCAACAUGUCAGUUAGUGUAUGUGUCUGUGUGUGUCAGUGUGUGCAUGUCUGUAUUAGUAUGGCUCUUUGUGUCAGUAUGUCGGUGUGUGUGUGUUAGUGAAUGUGUCAGCAUGUCUGUCAGUGUGUCUGUCAGUGUGUCAGUAUGUCUGUGUGUCUCUCAGUAUAUGUCUGUCUAUGUGUCAGGAUGUCUGUCAGUUUAUGUGUCUGUGUAAGUAUGUCUAUCAAUGUAUGUGUGUGUGUCAGUUUGUCUGUCUCUAUGUCUGUAUAUCUGUGUGUGUCUAUAUGUUGUCAUUGUGUGUGUAUGUCAGUGUGAAUAUAUGUGUGUGUAUCUGUAUGAAGUCUGUGUGUGUAUCUGUGUAUCUGUAAGUGUGUCAGGUGUGUAUGUGUGUGUCUGUGUAACUGCAUGUGUGUCAUUGUUUGUAUAUUUGUGUAUGUCAGGAUGUGUAUCGGUGUAUCUGUAUGUUGUCUUUGUGUGUUUCGGUGUAUCUGUAUGUUGUCAGUAUGUGUAUCUGCAUGUUAUUAAUAUUUGUGUCUGUGUAUCUGAAUGUGUGUGUCAGGUUGUGUAUCUAUGUGACAGGUUGUGAAAAAGGUUCUUAACUGUGCAUUGACCUCUUUUGUGUCUCAAAGCAAAUGGGUGAAAUGUGUCUUCCUUUUCUCGUCAGAUAUUACCAAGCCAUGCAUCUCCUUCAGGGAGUCAACUGGCACAAUUCUGGAACUAACAAAACAGUAGGUGGGGUUUCUAGAGAGAAUUCUACUGACUCUUCCCAAGGUGUGGCUUGACCAUAAACAUAUCCCAACACAAUUGCUCAAUGACGCCACUGUGGGGGGAUCAAUACAUGUCUGGUUCUCAAUCAGACAUUCACUUUAUUUCAAAACCACACUAGGCCCUCUCCUUCCCCUCUCAUGAACUCUGGACUUCUCACAGGAAAUGCAGGUCACUUGGAGUUUCUAGGCAAAGGGAAUAGAGGCCUUAUGGCCUCUAUUGGAACGGUGCUACUGUUCAUGCAGGAUUCAGUUACUCCUUUAGGGCUCCAACAGGGAUGGAACAAUUCAUAUUAUUCCAACUCAGACACUACUAUGGGAUAAUCUGACCUUAUAGAGAGGAGUAUACACCCUAUAGCAUAUGUUGCUCAAAGCAGUGAUGGGGGCCCAGCUAUCUAAGAGUCUAAAAUUGAGUGGAUAAUAUACUAAUGACCAGUGGUCGAAAAUUGUCAUCCUGACCCUUUAGGCACAUUGUGUUUCAGAUUAUAGGAGACAAACUGCAAGCUACUUAACCAGUGGUAUAAUACUCCUAAGCUCCUCCACCAUGUGUACACUGUUGGUCUGGAAGAGAAUGUCUGGUGAAGUUGUCCUAGUAUUGACUCUUUUUGGUCAGCAGUUCAUGUCACAAUUUCGGAAAUUGCUAGUCCAGGGUUAGUCCAGCAGAAUAUUGCUCCAUUUUACUAAUUCCCCAAUUGUUCAAAGCCAAACAAGACAGAUUAUCAAUGCUGCUAAGGCUCUGCAACCUUCUCUGUAGCAGAGACCGAUCCUACAAUUUACUAAUGGCUUUCCACAGCAGAGGGAAUGAAUGGUUAGUAUGCACGUUCAGUCAUACUGCUUAGAUACACAUAAUAGCACCUUCUUGCAUUAGAAGUUCCAACUGGGUCUCCUCUUAGUCAUUCCACUGCCUUGAUCUUAUCUCUACUAAUACAUCUUUCACUUUGCUCUUCCCUUAUUACUCCCUUCCAUGUUUUCUCCUUCUCCCUCUCUCUCCCAAAACAUUAGUUCCAUCACCCUCCCUUUUAGCCACUGUAUUAGCUUAAUGGUGAUUUCUUAUUGGAUUAUACGCCAUUCCUGAACUGUUUACUGUGGAACUUGUUUGGAUAUCAUUUGGUUUCUAUACCAUUCACUUGUGUUAAAAAAAAAACUCUUUGCCCAGAUUUGUCCUUUUGUAAAAAAAUAUUAGCAUUUGUUUUUAUAAUUUAAAUUGUAAUGCUAUAUUGUUUUUUGUUUAUUCUCUCUCUUGAUGAUUAUGCUUGUUACAAUUGUAAUUUAAUAUGAUGUUUUAAGCGUUUAAGUCUACUUAUGCCUAAUUAGGCAUUUGAGUAGUUUAAUUUUAUUUCAGGCAGGAGACUCAUAUUAUGCUCAAUCUUUCUGCAUUUCCUCCCAAAGCAAUAACAAAAAUCUGUGUAAAUAACAGAAUAAACAAAUUACACAUACACACAAUGAAUGGAAAGCUGUGGCAACCGGAAUACAGAAAGGAAAGCUGUAGUAACCAAUCAGAAUGCAGGACAGUAUAUAUAAGUCAUACAUACAAAACAUUAUUCCUUCUCUUUCUUUGUUGCUUCCUACACAAUAAAUAAUUGCCACACCUUAUUGUAAAAAUGUUGUAAUUUUUUUUUAUUAUUAUUAUAACUAAUUUACACAGUUAUGACUUGUCCAUUUUUAUUUUAAAAGUCUUGCAUUAUUCAGUUUUUUUGGGGGGGGAUGAGGGGUUUAGUUUUUUUGUCAUUGGUUGUUUCUAACUGGUUUAAUUAGUUAUGCAAUCAGUUUAAUUAAUUUACUGUUGAGACUAGAAUGCUAAACAUUUAUUGUUUUAUAAUUUCAGCAGCUCAUGUUACUAUUCAUAACAUUCAGAUAGUGAGCCAUCCUUUAUUGUAUUGAUUGAUGAGAAAGAUUAGCGUAAAAGUAGGCUUCUUUACCUAAAUAUCACGAGGGAUGUAAGCAUUGGAAUUGACACUUUUGAAAUUAUGGUAAAGGUUGAGCAGUAAUAUUCAAAAUGUUUCAUUCAAAAUAGUAUUUCAUACUCAAGCUAUGAAUUUCUAUAGCAGAUCACUCCAGAUGAUGUUACUUUUCAUAUUUAAAAAACAAAACCAAAAAAAAAAAAAUAAUUCACAAUGUCAGUAUCUACCCCUUUUAUCGCAUUGUUUGACAAUAUAAUAUCUAGGACUAAUGCUCCAAUGCAACCUGAUUCAUUUUAAUUUUCUCUACCACCAGACUUUUCUAAUCUAGCUAAUUGGGUUUACACGAUUAUAACCCUUGCAGGUAUCGAGAGUACUAAAUACGGGACUUUUUUUUUCUAAAUCUGGAAAGCACUUUGAAUUCUCAUAACUAUGAUAGAGUUAGAUCCGCAGGUUUUUAGAUUGAUAUGGAUUUAAAGGAAACCGAUGAAGCCCAUGAUGAAACUGAACAAUGCAAUUGAGGAUUUGAGCUGUGACCCCUUUGUAUAUGUAAGAAACAUCAAAUAUAAUAUAACUGGUAUUGAUAUAUUGAAACCUUUGUAUACCAAAUGUAUAUUCAGUACUUGAUAUACUAAUACAGAUGUUCUUCUUUAUUUAGAAUAUCUUCAAAUUGAUCAGACUGUUACAUUUCAUUUAUUGAUCAUUCCCAAAGUGAGUAAAUGUAUUUGUUUAUUCAGUUUAUGUAAAUAUGGAAGGACUCGUGUUUAUUAAAAUACAUAAUUAAUCAUCAUAAUUCAGAUUUAUGAAUUCAAUUCCAUGCAAUGAAUUAUUCCAUAAAAAAUUUAUUUAAAAAAUCCAAAGAAGACACAUUUUUUACAGCUCAUGAUAAUGUCUAUAUCAAUAGAGCAACUAAACAAAAUAACUCCAAAGAGUAUCACAUAUUAGUCUUGAUUAUUAAAAAGCCUAAUAUGUCUAGGAUUUAAAUUCAUUUCCAGAAGUUAUAGGGCAAAUAUUUUAAGGAGGGAAUUGCAAUUCAAAGUCAAACUUAAAAGUAAUUUUUAUCUUUAUCUUUUAAGAUCUGACUAUGUACUAGAAUAUCUGCUAGUGCAAUAUAUAUGUUUUUAAACCUCAAACUUCUAGUUCUUGUUUGUUGAUAUAAUAUUAUAAUAUUAAGGGAAUGUCUGAUUAACUCACAUUUAGCUGUAACUUGUGUUCAGCAUUCGCCAACUGGUUUGAGAUAUUCUAAUACUGUGGAAAGAGCAGUGUCAAAUAUCUAAUAAACUGGGUCGCCACUGUUUAUGUCUAAAUUUACCUUGAUAAUACAUGAAAUUAAAAUUACUACAAAUAAAAAAAAUUUGCAAUUCAAGGUUAUGUAAUUCUGAGUUGACAAAAUUAGAACACCAUAUGCCCCAGAUGAAGGUCAUUGGUGGCUCAGUGUAAAAUACCCACCCCAAUCUUUUAUUAUGGUUAUAACACAGGGUUAAAAAACAGGUAUAGUAUUGGUUGUAAUGGCAACUAAUAAUUCCUUAAUGAAGAAUGUGGAAAUCUUGGGAGAAAAUAAGAACAGAGGCAGUUGUCAAAGUGAACCAAAACAACAUCUAAAAUGUGUGCUAUGUGUUUGUUCAACUGAAAUUUAAGGGUCUCUCUUUAAGUGUACCCAUGCAAUAUAUAUAUAUAUAUAUAUAUAUAUAUAUAUAUAUAUAUAUAUAUAUAUAUAUAUAUAUUAUUUUUUUUUUUUAUUGUAUAUGUAUAUCUGUAAUUAAAAGAACUCUAAAGUCACUCAGACCACUUUAUCUCAAUGCAGUGGUCUGGGUGCAGUGUCCCUGUCCUUUUAACCAUGCAAUGUAAAACAUCACAGUUUUCUAGAAACUUUCUUAGGGUUAAAUUUACCUCUAAAUUUACCUCUGAUAGCCAAUAUGGGCGCUUUACUAAGUCCCAUGCUUACACUAACUCUAACUGUACACUAACCUUAGCGCUAACCUUAAAGGACCACUAUAGUGCCAGGAAAACAUACUCGUUUUCCUGGCACUAUAGUGCCCUGAGGAUGCCCCCACCCUCAGGGUCCCCCUCCCGCCCGGCUCUGGAAGGGGGAAAGGGGUUAAAAUUUACCUUUUUCCAGCACUUGGCGGGGAGCUCUCUGCCUCCUCUCCUCCUCCGUUACGCCCCGCUGGCUGAAUGCGCACGCGCGGCAAGAGCUGCGCGCGCAUUCAGCCGGUCUCAUAGGAAAGCAUUUACAAUGCUUUCCUAUGGACGCUGGCGUGCUCUCACUGUGAAAAUCACAGUGAGAAGCACGCAAGCGCCUCUAGUGGCUGUCAAUGAGACAGCCACUAGAGGGUAGGGGGAAGGCUUAACCCAUUAAUAAACAUAGCAGUUUCUCUGAAACUGCUAUGUUUAUUAAAAAAUGGGUUAACCCUAGCUGGACCAGGCAACCAGACCACUUCAUUAAGCUGAAGUGGUCUGGGUGCCUAGAGUGGUCCUUUAAGCCUACCCUAUCACUAACUCUAUCCUUGCACUAACCUUACACCAACCCUAAUCGUACACCAAACCUAUCUAUACCCUUACAUUAAUCCUAAUACUAACCCUAGCCCUAGCUGACAGAGUGGAGCCCCAUACACUGAAUAUAUAAGGUUGGGAAGCUGUUAAUAUAUACUAAACACAAAAAGGAUACAUGUUAUAACUGUGUUGUUGCAGAGUUACUGAUAUCUAUGCAGAUCUUAUUAUAGCCAGCAAAUCAAUCCCCCAGACUAGUGAAAACCCAUUAUGGCUACCUAAAUUUUCUUUCUUCACAUGCAUCUCCAGUUUUGUAUAUUCAAAAACUUAUUUAACACAUGGUUCUAUAGUUGUUGGGAGCAAUAUAAGGAAGCAGAGGGCUCCUUGAUUUACAUAUAUUCUCGCUAAUCGAUAAUACUGUAAUCUCUCUUAGUUUUGUCUUUUCUUGUUUAAUACUUAUGCAUUUAAAAUGUAAGCUUUAAUCUUACAGUUUUGUAUGUUUAUUUCUUUAGGGUAACUACUUCUUGGAACUGGAGCUGUUUAAUGAAGAUGAUUUCAAAUUAGCUUGUGCAAACAUUACAAUAAUUAGUUCCUAAACUGAUUAAAAUCUUUGAAUGACAUUUGGCCAGGACUGAACACAUAUAGUGGCAUUCAACAUGCUUGUAGUAUGUCCCAAAAUAAUAAACAUUCACCCAACCUAUUUAACCCACAAUCAAUACCCUAUCUAGUCCAUGCUCUAAUAACAUAAUUAUGGCUAUGCUAUAAAGGCAAAAAGUCCAGACCAAACCAGGUUUGUUUGGUGGAAACAGCAGAUCGGAUGGGAGAAACAACAGAAUGGGGCAAAAAUAAUAAUUUCUUCUUUAGUGAGGAAUUGUUAAUUCCCAGAAUUGUUAAUAUUAUGUUAACAUAUUCCUAUAUAUAGACACCUUAUUAUGUUUGUAAGGUGUGUGAAAUAAAAUCAAAUUUAGAAAUCCACAUCUCUAUAGCCGACAAAUGAGCACCCACCUCCUUGUCAGUCAUUGUUAUGAACUCUGUUCUUUAGACCUAGUAUUCAGCAUAGAGGAAUAAAGAGAAGAGAAAAAAAAUGAAAUAAUGAUUACCUUUGUCCUCCUCAUCAUUCAGAUAGCCAGAGAGGUUUUCUUCCACAUCCAUUAGCUCCACAGAAGUAAUAGAUCGUCAAGUGCCCUGGGCUAGAGCAUGCCAACCUUUCUUCAUUCUCAAUAAGCUGUACUACAGCUCAUUGAGAAGCACAGGAAAGCCACGACCAAGUGUGCAUGCACGCUUGUGGCUUCAGCAAGAAAGUCUGUGCUAUUGAAAGAGGGGGGCUUGCAAAGGCUGCAGAUAGCAGAUUUGUAGCUCUUGCAGUUUUUUUUUGUUUUUCCUUAUACCCCUAAAGAAAACCCACAGAAAAAAAAGACAUGCAUGUUUUCCAUGGCGUAUAAGGUAUAACUAAUAAUUACCUACUCUUCUAGAAAAUAAAGGUACAUUUUGUUUGUUAUGAAUUUUCCCCAACUCUCUAGGAUACUAGUGUUUGGUUGUAUUCAUACUAUUCUCUAUUCUCUAUUCCCUCUGGCAUGUAAGCUCAUUGAGCAGGGCCCUCAACCCCUCUGUUCCUGUGUGUCCAACUUGUCUGGUUACAACUACAUGUCUGUUCGUCCACCCAUUGUAAAGGGCUGCGGAAUUUGACGGCGCUCUAUAAAUAUCAU